AUGUCUACCACUGCUCCCAUGAUGUCUACUGCUGCGGAGGGACCCACUGCUACCUUGAAGUCUACUGCAGUGGAAGGAGUCUACGUCCCACCUCCAGGGUUCCGAUUUCGCCUACAAUCCAAGGACAGCGGUCGUGUCCUCGUUGGAAAUGGCGAGGAUGACGACUGGAGGGUCACAAACUAUGGCGGUGGUAAGGUGUACGACGACCAAUGGUUCACUCUCCGCGCCAUAGACGGUCAUCCUUCGGACGAGUACUACCUCCAAAGCGCCGAUGACCGCAAUGGCGGCAGAGUCGUCUUCAGCCGGCAGCUUUACCCGGGACUGUAUGGCGAAGUUGGACUCUACACAACAGACCACAAAGAUCAGCACUUCAAGAUUGAGCCUGGCACCGGGGACAAGCGGGAUUAUUUCCGUCUGAUUGGGCCGCAUACAAAAAGAGUCAUAUUCUCUAGAGAUGAACUUGUCAGCAACUAUGAACUCUCGGGAGGGCCACACAACGACCAUUACUUCAAGUUCUUGUACGAAGACACCGUUUUCGACCGCGUGGAAUAUGACAUCGAUCAUGCCACAGUUACUCCACAAGACCCUGUUCUAUUUACGAACACUGUCACGAAUGAGACCGAUGCCUCGAAUGAACUGGAGGUAGACAUGAGGCGUGGAGCGUCGGAAGUUGUGUCGUUUGAGGAACAGCACGGCAUUAACAUUACGGAGACCGUCACCACUGGCUUUGGGAUUCCCGGGAUUGUGGAUGGCGAGGUCACAACGGGAUUCGAACAGACUAAUAACUUCACGUUUGGACGGAGCAAUACCAUCACCUACGAGGUCGGCUCAAGUCUCCAAGUUACUGUUCCUCCUCAUUCCAUCCAAAAGGUGGAAGCCACGCUGAGUCACAGUACGAUUGACUUGCCCGCUCGGAUCUAUUCAAAGUCGAAGACGUUGGGUAUUGAGGUUGUUACUGAUGCCAUUUACCAUGGUACGCCUUACUAUGACAUCAGUUAUCGAGUCUUGGAACCCGAACCUUGGCCUUGA